AAUUAUUAUCCACUUCCCUCUUUCGUAAAAUAAUAUUAUUUUGUAUCCUUGUAAUUGAAAAUAAUCCAACUAUCAUGGGAGAAAAUCGUGAAGAUAUGAAAAUUCCCAUUGUUCACUGGACUUUACAAUAUAGUCUUCGUAUUCUUGGUUUGUGGCCAAACAAACCAAUUUUAAUUACUCAGUUGCUUAUUUAUUCUUCACUCAUUGGAAUUUCUCCCUUUCAACUUAAAGAUAUUUAUGGAGAUUAUGAAGACAAGCAAAAAAUGGUUGAUGGAGUUAGAAAUAUGGCCGCCGUUAUAUUCAUAAUCAUUAAAUUUGGAAUUUUACGUUUCAAUCAGGGAAAUUUGCAUUCCGUUCUUAUGGAAAUAGAACAAGAUUGGAAUAAUUUGAAGGAUCCUAAAGAUCUGGAAAUAAUGACGAAAUAUUUACAGUAUGCCUAUAAGUUUUGUACUUGCAUUUGGACUCUUUAUUUAGCAGUUAGCAUUGCAUACUUCAUGGAAUGUUUUUACGGAUUUUUUGCAAAUGAGAAAGUGUUGCUGAUACCAGUAUCAUAUCCUUUUGAUAUGGAGUUUACUCCUUAUUUUGUUUUAGCAUUAAUUUUUCAGGCUAUACUUUACAUACUAUGGUUUUUUGCCAAUGGUUUAUCCGAAUCGUUACUUGGUACUUUGAUAUUUCAUCUGGUGGGUAGAAUUGAUCUUUUAUUGAAAGAAAUUAGUGAAAUAUCAUUUCAAUCUACAUCAUCCGACAGUAGAUAUUUAAUUAUGUUCAUAAAAGCCGUUGUACACAAGCAUAGAAAACUAAUCAAACUGCAUGAUAAAAUUGAAAGCAUCUAUAGUUACAUUUGUCUAACUCAAUUUUUUGCCAGUAUUAUAGUAUUGUGUCUUGCAGGAUUUUUAAUUAUAACUUUUGAAUAUGAAGGGAUACUUGACCUAUUUGAAAUGAUGAAAAAUGUAAUUUACAUAUUUCUAAAUCUAUCUCAAGCUUUUGCUUUUUGUUUCUCUGGAGAAAUUCUGCUCUCACAGAGCUCAAAUAUCCCUCAAUGUGUAAGUGAUUGUUCAUGGUAUGAAACUUCGCCAUCAAAUAUUAAACUUCUAAUACUGAUAAUAUUAAAAACACAAAAACCGUUGGCGUUAACAGUUGGAAAAUUUACUGAAUUAUCCAUUGGAAGCUUCACAAGAAUCAUACAGACAUCAGUUUCGUAUUUGUCAGUCCUACGAACAAGAUAUUAAGAUAAAA